AUGGCGUCGACGCCAAUGGACCUCGACCGACCCGAGCGCGGCACAAACGGACUCAAUAUCCAGAGGACCCUCGGCGGCAAUGCGUCCGUGUCCAAUCUCAGCGAUGUCAUGUCGACGUUUCGGCCAACAAAGCUGCUGCGGCGCGACGACAUCAAGGACGGACGCCCUCAGCCUUACGUCCUGUCCAUAGACUAUGAUGAUGAGGGCGAGCUCCUCAUGACGUCAGCCAGCGACGAGACCAUCCAGAUCUACAAUGUCCGCGAGGGCCGACACGAGAAGAGCCUCCUGAGCAAAAAGUACGGCGUCAAGCUGGCCAAGUUCACGCACACGAGCUCCAGUAUAAUAUACGCGAGCACCAAGCAGAACAACGCCAUCCGCUAUCUUGCUACGCACGACAACUCCUUCAUUCGCUACUUUGAAGGCCACGAAGGCCCCGUCACAUGCCUUGCGGUGCAUCCGGGCAGCGACAACUUCAUCUCGUGCUCACACGACAACACGGUGCGCCUGUGGGACACGCAGACCAAGCAUUGGCAGGGCCAACUCCUGCUGCGGAAUCCUGCUCUUGCCGCCUACGACCCCUCUGGGACCGUCUUCGCCGUCGCCUGCCCGAGCAGCGGAACUAUACUCCUUUACGACGUGCGAAACUACGACAAGGCGCCCUUCACUACCAUUGACAUCAUGGAGCAGUGCCGUGGCAUCGACACGCAAUACCUCGUCAAGGGGUGGACUAAGCUCGAGUUUUCCAACGACGGCAAAUCCCUCCUGCUCGGAACAAAGGGCAGCGGUCACGUGUUGCUGGACGCCUUCGAGGGCUCGCUCAAGGCGUACCUGCGGAAGCCGUCGGGAGGCACGAGGCGGCAAGCUCCUGGGGAGACGACAGGUCUGGCCAACGGCACCGCCGCAGCGGAUCCUAGCAGCUUUGACAGCAGUGGCGAUUGCUGUUUUGCUCCGGACGGGCGGUUCGUCAUCAGUGGCACCAGGCAGGAUGUGCUCGUCUGGGACACCCUGAGCCCCCCGCCCGACAACAAAAUCCUGGAGCCGACUUGGACGCUGCCUGACAAGCGGGAGGCUGCCGUCGUAUCUUUUAACCCUCGCUUCAACUUUUUCGCCACGGCAGACCAGGACCUGGUCCUCUGGCUGCCGGACCCCCAUAGUUAG